AUGUGUCUCGACUGCACUCUUGAUUACUUACACGUGUAUUCCGAAACCUAUGGAAAAGUUCUUGGUGAUUUGAAAUUUACAUAUCAUGCUUCUAUCUUAGAAAAAAAUUUAGAAUACAAAAAGGCGUAUGUCAUAGAUUGUGAAAAGGCGGAUAUGUCGGGGGCUAUAUACAGAUGGUAUGCCGGAUGUGGCCUCAAGAAAAUUCGUAAAGAAAAUAAGUUUACAUUUGAAUUACCAGUACUUGCGUUAAUGGAUGGAGACAUUUCAGGUUUUGGUAUAAUGCUUUGUUACAAAUAUGGGGCCGACAAUAGUGAUUACGAUAGUGAAAACAUGACCACUCCCAACCUUUAUCGGUUGAGAGUUAGACCAUCAGAUAUUGAGACAUACAACCUCCACAAAUAUACAAAAUUCUUGACCGAACACAAGAAGACAGGUGUGCAGAAUUUGCUGGAUAAAACUUAUGAACGAAACAAACGUCUUGGGGGAAGGAGUUAG